CGAGUAACUUAGCUGUAGAUAUACGAGUCAGUUAAUAAAAUAGUUCUUUGCCAGCAAGACGACUUGGUUCCUCUUUCAUCUAAAAGCAUCGACACAUGACAAAUGCUUUAGUAAAUGUCAAAAAACUUUACAUGCUGUACUCAUUCUGCAACCAAAUACCACCAUAUGAAGGAAAUUUUUGCAAAGGUUUUCACCGUGUCCCUCUAGAGGCUCCGUCUUAAAGUUUAUUGCAACACAAGAAUGUGUUGUGAAAUAAAGGGAAAUAAAAAGACUGCACUGAUAGCUGGAAAAGGGAACUGGUGCUACCAAAGUGCUCACUGAACUUCAUUUCCUUUUUGAGUUUACACUCCAGCCAAAUGUGUUAUGUGCAUUUGACCGUAAACCUUGCUAUCAAACGACUCCUAUCAAGCCAACAGAGAGCUAGUGUCAGUCAUGUCUGAUGGCGCUGGAGUUUUGGAGGUGGAAGAAGACGAUGAGUGCUGGGCACGGCUGGAAGACUACAGAAUGCUUCUCAUCAAGACCAUUGAGCCAUCAAGGAUAACACCUUAUCUGAGACAGUGUAAGGUUCUGAGCAGCGAGGACGAGGAACAGAUCUACAAUGACCCCAGUCUGGUUAUCAGACGCCGAAAAGUUGGGGUGCUGCUGGACAUAUUACAGAGAACUGGCCUCAAAGGAUAUGAGGCAUUUUUAGAGAGUUUGGAGUUGAACUACCCAGAUGUGUACCGCAAAAUCACUGGCAAAGAGCCUGCUAGGGUCUUCUCCGUACUAAUUGACACUGCCGGCGAAUGUGGCCUUACUCAGUUCCUCAUGAGCGAGGUGUCUCGCCUACAGAAGCUUGCACACGAUGAACGGAAGGCGCGACUCGAAGCGUCUGCACAGGCGGCAGAGCAGCUGGACACCAUCCGCCAGCUGCAGCUGCGGGACAGCGAGCUUCACAAACAGCAGGACCGUGUGCAGCGCAUCCGAGAGGAGCGUGAGCGCAUAUGCGAGGAAGCGCGCAAACUGAGAGACGAGAAUUAUCGACUGAUGCACGACCUGACCCGACUGAGCGAGGAGAAGAACUGCGCGCUCAUGUGUAACAGAGACCUCCAACUCGAGGUGAUCAGUCAUUCUAUCAGGAUUCAGGAAACAGGAACAUGUCCGGGUCAUAGUUCACCACAAAAUAUUGAGAAAUUGAAACACAGCCUAAUGAAUGCAGAAAGUAACUCAAAGAUCCAACGGAAAAAGACAAUAACUUUGAAAAAUGCCAUGGAGCAAAGGCCGAGUCCAGAGAUGGUCUGGCAGCUGCAGAGAGAAAAUGAUCUUCUUACAGCUCGUAUACAAGAGCUUGAAAGUGCUUCCACGGUCAAAACUCUGGAGCAUGGAAAGCUUGGUUCACAGUCAUUGGAGGAUUUAAAGCAACAAAGUCAGACACAAUACCAGGAGCUGGUGAAUGAUCUCUACAAUCUAAGAAGAGAUCUACAUGAUGCAGAAGAGUUGCGGGAUAAGUAUCGAGAAGAGAAGGAUGAGUUGGAACUGAAGUGCGCAAUGCUAAGAAAGGACUCCAAAAUGUAUCGUGAUCGAAUGAAAGACAUUCUGAAGCAGCUGGAAGAGGUGAUCAAAGAAAGAGACAAGGCUAUUUGUACAAGAGAGGAGUACCAUUUGGAGAACUCAAAAAAUCUUCAAGACAAGGACCAGUACCGCAAACAGAUCCGGGAGAUGGGAGAACGUUAUGAUGAACUUCAAGUGCAGUUUUUUCGAACUCAAGGAGAUGUUCUUGCUCUUCAAGCAAAACUUCGCAAACAGAAGAACCCAAUUCAAGUGAACUCAGAAGAAAACUCUUUGCUCAGUUCAUUUGAGCUUAAAAGUCAAACUAGCGAAGAGGAGACCAGGGAAAGGGGUGAAAAGGAUAUGAGUGAAGAAUCACAGAGCCAAACAUCUGGCGAGUACCAUUCGUGUCUGUAUUCCCAGAGGAUGUUCUCUGAAGAGGACGCCACAGGUAACUGCAGACAAAAGUGUGAGAUUAAAGGAAAAUGCAACUUCCAUGACAGGAGGAAACGUGCUUUAAGAACCAGAAAAAUCACAGACAAAGAGAAUGUCCCAAGCAUCCUAGACAACACCACCGAGAGUGAUACAGAUGGGAUGUGACUCACAGCUUUGGAGAAGAUGAAGAACUGUGGCCUUCUUUGAAAGCAUUUAAUCCCAAUACAACAUUGUUCUACAUCCAGUGACUCAUAAAACCUGGUUGAAGGUGCUCUAAGUCAACUUCUUGUUGACGUGCGAACUUAUUGUCAAACAAAACGGAGGCUAGCUCGACUUUCCCUCCUCCUCAUAUCCCGUCCCCUCCCUUCCGUGCUUCCUGAAACAGGCUUUUCCGAUGUAAAUUCGGGACUAAACUCGUUCCCGCUCCUUUUCCCUCUUCUUUGCUGUUUGUUCAUCGGUUUCUUUGGUCGUGUGUUGGCCAUAUCAAAAUUCAAGAGAAUAUAAUUCUAACGUUAGUGGUUGCCGUUGUCUUGGACAUCUCUCCUCUAUAGCUAACUUCCCUCUUCAUGCUUCUCUCUCCUCCACUCCCCACACCCCCCUUCAUGUGCCCGUGCACUAACCCCCCAACCCUCACCCCCACCCCAAAUCAUUAUUGGCAGGAACACUAUGUUUUCUGUUUCAGAAUUGGAGGAAUGUCAAACCUAAGAGAGCAGAGUAACUCAAUCCCAUUUCUAAAAGAGAGCUAACUUAGUCAGUUACCAUGGUAACUUUGUGAACCUUAGCUGGUCGGGAGCAGGUUUUCUUUGGUAAACCCAAAGUUUUUCCUUAUGUAGGCUAGUAAAUGCAUUUUGAUUUAAACAUUUCGGAUAUUUUGACUGGAAAAAAAACAGGCUUUUUUUUAAGUCCAUUGCACAUUUUUAUAUAACAUCAGAGAUGCAGAGGCCAUAAGUAAGGAAGGCCACUCUAUCAGAGUGGGAAGGAAAGUGUGCCUCCCUCUCACACUCUUUCUGAGUUGUUGUGUUGUUUCCUCGACACAAAUCCGUGAGAUCCAUCAAAGAGUUUCACUGGGUCAGUGGUGGAGAAAUUGGUUUAAAUGUGGAUAAUCUGAGAAAUGACAUUCACUUGAUAACAUCUUGAUGCGACCUCUGGAAGUAACCUGAUAAUUAGAAUUUCCUUUAGGAUUUCCAGUGUGGUUGGAUGUUGAUGACACACAUAAUCCCAUCAUCACACCUUCCGAAAAUGAACCAGAUUACUGUUUUGAAUGGGAGGAUGCCAGAUGGAAGGGUAGAGAAAUAUGUCGUAACCACCACAGCUGUUAAAUAGACAAAUUAUUCACAAAUUAUUUGGUCAUCUUUAUUUCCUUCAAAUACAAAAGAAAUAGUAAUAAUGUUUCUGUUGGAUUUUAAUAUUCUUCCAGUAUUGUGUAUCUCCUGUUCAUCUACCAGUGGGGAUGCAGGUCCAUCCUCUGUUGGCAGAGUAGAAGUCAAAUGUUAUUUUCAUUAGCCUAAUUAAAAAAUGUGAGAAGAUUAAAUUAUGUGAAAAGAGCAUUAUGCUUCAUGGAUUCACGUGUGGCAUAUUGAAAUAGACACUGAAUUAUAUUUAUUUAGCAUGUCAAAUGUUUGUAAAGACAUGUACCCUACACAGCCAUAAACCUAUUAUGCUUAAAUGAUUGAAUUAUGGUUUUAUUGGUUUUAGUUUAGUCAAUCUUAGUUGGAUUUAAUAAAUGUCCACUUCUCCCGAAAUACAUGAAAGUAAGUGGCCAGUGAACUGGGAGAAGCAAGGAGUUGGUAAACUUGAAAGUUACUCACACAAUGUGUAUUUGAUAUGAAUAAUAUGUGUCGUCUAAUUAUAGCCUAAUGGAAAUAAUUAUUAUUGCCGCUUCCAUAGACAUAAGUAUUGACAAAAUGUAUUGCUUUUUUUGAAUGUGAAUUUAAAUGUCUGAAACCUAAAAUAAACAUGUGGUUGAAAACACUGAA